GUCUUAUUAAAGUAAAAGCACUCUUACUCUGGGACUUACCGCGCAGCAGAUCCUCUAUUCAGCUAACUACAGGAAAGGUCCUCACCGGCCUUUUCGCACACUGCUAUCGUAUCGUCUCGUCUCCAUCUUCAUGUACACAAGCUGUCGGCCCGCUUUCACUCCCCUGCCAUUGUCACUGCCCGCAGACCGACCCGAACACUCACACAUCUACACGUCCCUCUCGGGUUCAGACGAUCCGCGCAUCGCAUCCGAGAAACAAUCGCUCAGAUGGAGCCGACCCGGCCUAGGGUUUGAACUUGACAUCAGCAGCAGCAAGGUAAGGGCCCAAAAAGCCGACCUCUGCGCCCGGGCCUCAAUCAGAUGAGCAGCAUCCAUCGGUCGUCAGUCAUUCAUUGUCAGAUGAAGAGCUGGGCGUGGGGGUCCCGCGCCUCGAAGAAUCGCGUGACGACUCGCUUGACCAAGUCUCGGUGGUCGCAGAUGUUCGGGUCAACAUUGCGGCCAGUCACGUCGGACUGCACACCUGAAUGAAUGGACGACAGCAACAUAACAACACAACACAACACAACAAAUGUAUGGCAUUUCUGUGUGAGGGUGUGAGUAAAGUGAGGGUACCGAUGAUGUAGAGUUUCUUGGCGAUGAACAUGGGCGACAGGUGCAGCAGGUUCCAGAACUGGUCCCCGUUCUUCUUGACGUUCAGAAUCUUCACAACCAAGUCGUCACACAUUUGCACCUGAAGGCAGAAAACAAACGGCACGCAGAAAGAACGAACGGAUGCAGGCAGGCACGUGACGAGACGAGACGAGCAGCCUAGCCUCUCUCUGCGCUGCGUGUGUGACAUAUUGACAUACCGAAGUGGCGCUGGUAAGGUUUUGGAUCCACCGUGCAAUCUUGGCCACCUCCUCCCUGUCGGUCUCUUCGCACUGCAUGAACCGGCAGUUUAUGCCGCACACCUCCCACGGGCUGUACCCAGUCAAAUCGCAGAAGCCUGAUAGAUACAUAGAUAGAUGCACACGACGCACACACACGCGACAGCCACUCAGGAGACGAGACCACACGGAGAGGGUCUGUCUCUAUGGCACGCCACUGACCUUGCGACACCGAGACGAUGGGGCAGUCGUUCUGCGAGGGGUCUGCGAGUGUGGUGGAGAAGGUCACAGAGUCCAUGUCGAUUUUGGAGAGCAGCUCGGCGUCGGCCGAGCACCGCGUCAUGGAUAUCUUCAUCUGCAGCUCGGACACCAGGCUUUCCAGCUUGGUGAUCUGGGUCUUGAGCAGCUCAUUCUCCUCUGAAUGAACAAGACACACACACGACUCACGAUGAAUGGAUGGAGGGCGGGUGUGGCUGUGUGAAUGCGUGUUUUCAUUCGCCCGCCCAUUUGACCGACUCACCUGUGAGUGAGAGGAGGUCAUUGGAGAAGGUCUGGUUGUCGUGUGGCGGCUCCAAAAACUCGGACAGCAUGCUCGGCGUGAACACAGUCGGGUCGAGACGAACCUUCUUGCUGCAGACAGACAUCCACACAACACAAAGGACAGCCAAAUGAGCAGACAGACAGACACCCAUGGGUCACCACACCACACCCUCCUACUGACCGACCUGUUUCGUGUGACCUCUUCGUGCUUCCCGUCAUCACUUGCCGCCGACCCAUGCCCACAGUCCACCCACUCGUCCCCCCUCUCGCCACCGGCCCUCGCGGCCUCAUCGUCCCCCGCCCCCUUGGCCACCUCACACGGCGACCUUUCCCUCUUGUUGCGCCCGUCAUCGUCGCAACGCAUCGACUCGGCCAAACGCGAUGACGGCGAGGGCGACAUCCUCGCCUCCCUCCCGACACUCUCGCCCUGCUGCUGCUGCUGCUGCUGUUGCUGGGCGAGGGAUGCCUGCGCCCGCACGUUCUGCAUCAGCUGUAUGAGAGCGAGAGCCUCCUGCGCGCCUCUCGCGCCCCGCGACGGAUCGGAGGAGGCCGCCUCACUGCUCGAUGCUGAUGUGUCGGGCUGCCAUGACCGAGAAGUCGGGCCGCUGGGUGCGGCACUCGGCUGUGGAGCCAUCCAGGAGCCGGGUGGUGGUCGGUUUGACACGAAUGUGCUGUCGACGAAGCCGCCUCUCUGCUGCUGUGGGAAGGAGGGUCCAUAGUGGUAGGUCGGCGGGGAGGCGGGCAUGAAGGGCAUGAGGUAAGGGUUCAUGCUGUCGAAGCCACUGGCCCUCCCGCCGCCCCUUCCGUCAUACAAAUGCGGAUUGGUGCCGAAUGGCUCUCCUCCGUCGCUGAAGGUCCUCCUUCCUCCCAUCGUGUACGCCGCCUCAGUGUCAGGCUGGCAUCGAGGCCUGGGUGACUCGCUCGGCGGCGCCUCUGCUGCCCUCUUCUGCUCGCCAGGGUGGGAAUGGUCGACAGCUGCCGCAGGAGCUGACAUCGAUGUCCACAGCUUGACUAGUGUAACGAGAUUCGUGAGAACUUCUUGUCUUCUGCGAGCCAGGCGGUACCCUGAACCCCAGAACCCUGUAGCGGUUUCCUGAGGGUGAGAGCCCGAUAUGUGGCGCUGCCGAUCGUCGAAGAGGAGCAUCCAUGCUGAGGUGAUGUCGGGACUCAGAUCUGAAUCCCUGCAUUUCAUCUGUC